CAAAAUACUGAUGGAAGAAAUCAAAGAAGAUGUAAAUAAAUGGAAAAGUAGUCCAUGUUCAUACGUUGGAAGACUCAAUGUUGUUAAAAUGUUCAUUCUGCCAAGCUUGAUCUGUAGAUUCAACCCAAUCCCAAUCAAAAUCCCAACAAGCUGUUUUGUAGAUAAUGACAAAAUGAUUCUAAACUUUACUUGAGAAGGUAAAAGACCUAGAAUACCCAACACAACACCCACUAAAAAAGGGACAAAGUUGGAGGACUCACACUAUUCAAUUUCAAGUCUUACUAGAAACAGAUACAAUUCCUGCCCUUAUAGGACAAACAGACAUUCAUCAAAAAUGCACAUGCUAGAAAGUAAAGGUAAAUUAAAUCAAAACAGUGGUCAGUGGUACAAAAGGAAAGCAUGUUGGUUUUGAUGGUGAGGACAGGGACAUGUUUAUCCUGAGCUCAAAGGGUAGUCUGGACAGUGGGAGAAUUUUUAGCAGAGAAAAGGGCCACAGCUUAGAACAUGUAGGAAGGGAGCAAAGUGGGGGCACUGACAGCCAGAGCUACUCAAAAGAGAUGUGGAGGGAAAGGAUGUUAUGUGGUUUUGGAGACAAGUGGGCAUGUGUGGGAGGCUGAGAGGUGAGAUAGGUGGGAUUGGCAAGGGGUUGACUUUAAGCAGUGUAGAGAAGGGAGUGAUCUAAGAGAACUUGGAUUUUUAUCUUCAUAAAUGGAUGGAGCUCUUGGGCCAAAGUUCUCAAACUUGAGCUUUUGAAAUACAGAACCUAGAGCUUCACCCCAGAGUUUCUAUUUGGCAGCUCAGGGUGGAACCCUAAGAAUUUUCAUAUCUUCCAUGUUUCCUGGUGAUGCUGACAUUGCUCGUCCAGAGACACACAUUGAGAACCCAGCUCCAGGGAACAAGAAGGAGCUCCAGGUUAGGCAGGAAAGCCCCAAGCUUACAUUUGGAUGGGUUGACUAUAAGUGCCUUUUUACUGCCACCUGAAGAUGGUAGCUAAGAGAAGAGGUGGGCUUCAAAUAUUGGCUCCACUACAUACUGUGUGUUCUUCAGCAAGCCAGUUGUUCCUCCUGAGCCUCAGUGGCCAGGUCUGUGAAUUGAGGAUAACAAUAGUAUCUACCAUUAGGAAUGUUGUGCAGAUCAGUUGAUAUCUGUUGAGUCAGGUACUCAUGGAAUAGCUGUUUUGCAUUAUCCUCAUCACCUUCAUCAUCAUGGUCACUCUGGCCAGCACUAAAGACAUACACCCAACCUCUCUGUGGCUGAAGUUUAUCUUCUAUAAAACGAGAACCUGUUUUUCAUGAAGCUGUCAUUUUCACCAGUUUGGGAUGCAGGUGCAGAUUGCCUACUGUUGCGUUUCUGAACACUCCCCUCGCGAGACUCCUAACCCCACCCCAGCAAACUCAUCAACAUGACUCCUUCCAGCUUCCACCGCUCUGGGGGAGGAUUCCUUUUUAUCUUGCAUUUCCAGUGAUGUUUCACGGCCUUUUGUGGAGUGGACCCUGGCUGAGCUUCUGGCUCUUCUUGAGCGUGGGGAAUAUCUCAGACUGCAGUGGGAAAUUCAAAAGCUGCUUGCUUCACAAAGUAAGGGAAUGUUAGUAGAUGCUUGAAAAGUACCCUGAGGGAGCUGGUCAGAGGUGCUCUGUAAAAUUGCAUCUGUUGCUAGCACCAUGAGCAGCUGUCUGCCCAGGAGGCCUGGGAACAGGGACAGAGAGAGCUGGCACCCUUCCUUCCUCUGCCCUACACAUUGGCCCUUCCACCAUUAAGACCAUCUCCGCUUGACUUUUUCAGUCUUCUGGCUAGGAAUUAGCAUCUUGAGGUCUCCAUUAAGAUCUUUUCAAGGAUGCUUUUCCUAUUUGUUUCAAUCUUCUGGUUGAAUUUGAUCCAUGUUAUGAUGUCGGACUUUUUAAAAAACAUAAAACAAUCAGGAAAACGUUGCUAUACCCAUCCUAGCAAUUCAAGACCAAGUUCAUUUUGGUAAAAACACUUGGGAAAGGGCAUUUCCAGGCUGGCUACUCACUAAAUGGCACAGUCCUGUGCACUGACUCCCUCUUCAACUGGUGUGUGUUCUGGAGGGAUCUAUGUCUCAGAGCAUUACUUCAUUUUGAAUGUGCAAUUAAAAGAGGCCCCAUGUUGCUGGGGAUCUCACACUUCUGCUUUCUGGUUUGUUUUGCAUGCUGACACUUUGAGGAAAAGCCCACUUCCCUAAUUACAGACAUCGUCCAGCAGCAGGAAGCACUCUGGCUUGUUGAUGCCUGUCUUGUGCUUUCUCUCUGUUUCAGCUGUUUUACUUUUAAGAUACUCCUCUCAGAUUUGUGCGCUUCUUCCCUUCCCACAUUUUAUACUGCCCAGCGCCUGGGAUUCCAGACCUGCGUUUGAAUCGAGGAGAGGGAGGUGGACACCUGCGUAGGCGUGUGCCCUCCGGCCUCUGAAGCAUGGCCAGCAGCGGCAUGGCUGACAACGCCAACCACCUGCCCUUCUUUUUCGGCAACAUCACCCGGGAGGAGGCGGAAGAUUACCUGGUCCAGGGGGGCAUGAGCGAUGGGCUCUAUUUGCUGCGCCAGAGCCGCAACUACCUGGGCGGCUUCGCCCUGUCCGUGGCGCACGGGAGGAAGGCACACCACUACACCAUCGAGCGGGAGCUGAACGGCACCUACGCCAUCGCCGGCGGAAGGACCCACGCCAGCCCCGCCGACCUCUGCCACUACCACUCUCAGGAGCCUGAUGGCCUGGUCUGCCUCCUCAAGAAGCCCUUCAACCGGCCACAGGGGGUGCAACCCAAGACUGGGCCCUUUGAGGACUUGAAGGAAAACCUCAUCAGGGAAUAUGUGAAGCAGACAUGGAACCUGCAGGGUCAGGCUCUGGAGCAGGCCAUCAUCAGCCAGAAGCCUCAGCUGGAGAAGCUGAUCGCCACCACAGCCCAUGAAAAAAUGCCUUGGUUCCAUGGAAAAAUCUCUCGGGAAGAGUCUGAGCAAAUUGUCCUGAUAGGAUCAAAGACAAACGGAAAGUUCCUGAUCCGAGCCAGAGACAACAACGGCUCCUACGCCCUGUGCCUGCUGCAUGAAGGGAAGGUGCUGCACUAUCGCAUUGACAAAGACAAGACAGGGAAGCUCUCCAUCCCCGAGGGAAAGAAGUUCGACACGCUCUGGCAGCUCGUCGAGCAUUAUUCUUAUAAAGCAGAUGGUUUGUUAAGAGUUCUUACUGUCCCGUGUCAAAAAAUCGGCACACAGGGAAAUGUUAAUUUUGGAGGUCGUCCACAACUUCCAGGUUCCCAUCCUGCGACUUGGUCAGCGGGUGGAAUAAUCUCAAGAAUCAAAUCAUACUCCUUCCCAAAGCCUGGCCACAGAAAGCCCUCCCCUGCCCAAGGGAACCGGCCAGAGAGUACCGUGUCAUUCAAUCCGUAUGAGCCAGAAGUUGCACCCUGGGCUGCAGAAAAAGGCCCCCAGAGAGAAGCCCUACCCAUGGACACAGAGGUGUAUGAGAGCCCCUAUGCGGACCCUGAGGAGAUCAGGCCCAAGGAAGUUUACCUGGACCGAAAUCUACUGACGCUGGAAGACAAAGAACUGGGCUCUGGUAAUUUUGGAACUGUGAAAAAGGGCUACUAUCAAAUGAAAAAAGUUGUGAAAACAGUGGCUGUGAAAAUUCUGAAAAACGAGGCCAAUGACCCCGCUCUUAAAGAUGAGUUGUUAGCAGAAGCAAAUGUCAUGCAGCAGCUGGACAACCCGUACAUCGUGCGCAUGAUCGGGAUAUGCGAGGCCGAGUCCUGGAUGCUGGUUAUGGAGAUGGCAGAACUUGGUCCCCUCAAUAAGUAUUUGCAGCAGAACAGACAUGUCAAGGAUAAGAACAUCAUAGAACUGGUUCAUCAGGUUUCCAUGGGCAUGAAGUAUCUGGAGGAAUGCAAUUUUGUGCACAGAGAUCUGGCCGCAAGAAAUGUGUUGCUGGUUACUCAACAUUAUGCCAAGAUCAGUGAUUUCGGACUUUCCAAAGCACUGCGUGCUGAUGAAAACUACUACAAGGCCCAGACCCAUGGAAAGUGGCCUGUCAAGUGGUACGCUCCGGAAUGCAUCAACUACUACAAGUUCUCCAGCAAAAGCGAUGUCUGGAGCUUUGGAGUGUUGAUGUGGGAAGCAUUCUCCUAUGGGCAGAAGCCAUAUCGAGGGAUGAAAGGAAGUGAAGUCACCGCUAUGUUAGAGAAAGGAGAGCGGAUGGGGUGCCCUGCAGGAUGUCCAAGAGAGAUGUACGAUCUCAUGAACCUGUGCUGGACGUACGAUGUGGAGAACAGGCCCGGAUUCGCAGCAGUGGAACUGCGGCUGCGCAAUUACUACUAUGACGUGGUGAACUAACCGCUCCCAUACCUGUCGGUGGCUGUCUUUGAUCACAAAAGCAAUCACAGGAAAAUGUAUCCAGAGGAAUCGAUUGUCAGCCACCUCCCUCUGCCAGUUGGGAGAGCCAGCCUUGGAUGGAACACGCCCGUGACGCGUCACCCAAAGCCUGUCCCAGGACUCACCCUCCACAAAGCACAGGCAGUGCUGGGAGAGAAGACGGAUGGCAGGAUCCCAGGGGCUAGAUGGAUUUGUUUGUUUUCUUGUCUGUGUGAUUUUCAUACAGGUUAUUUUUACAAUCUGUUUCCAAAUCCCUUUCGUGUCUUUCCCCUUCUCUGGGUCCUGGAGUGCAUUUGUUACUCAUUGUGCCCAGGGGCAUUGCAGAGUGGCCUAGAGCACUCACACCCCAAGCGGCCUUUUCCGAAUGCCCAAGGAUGCCUUAGCAUGUGACUCCUGAAGGGAAGGCAAAGGCAGAGGAAUUUGGCUGCUUCUACGGCAUGGCUGUGACAGCCCAUGAGACUGAUCCCUGGUCACUGAAAAGCUUUCAUGACAAUAAAAGUGUUUUGAGGCUUUAAAAAGAAAAUCAGGUUUGACCAGUGCAGUUUCUAAGCAUGUAGCCAGUUAAGGAAAGAAAAAAAAAAAAAAAAAGCCUGGAUACUGCUUUUACUGUCUCUGUUAUGAGAUGGAAGACUUACAUGUUUGUGAUAAAAGGGGGCCAUUUGAAUGAAUUGGCUUGGCUGGCUUUCCCUCCGAAAUCCUCUCUCCCGCAGACUGUCUUGAAGACCUGGUGACUGGUAAAUAAAGCCCUGCAUGGAGGCUGCAGAGCAGGGGCAAGAGGCCCAGCCCCCGGCGUCUCACUGAGGACAGCUUCGGGCUGCCUUCCCCUGAACAUGGUCCACACCUUCCUCUCCUCCACAGAGAGGGUGCUGCCAGAAUUCCCUGUUGCUUUCUGUGUCUGGAAUGGGGGACAGUACAGGGAUCAAAGCCACCUAAAGAGUUUCCAAAGGAAGUGUUCAUUCAUAACAAGCCAAAGACCCUGAGCCUCACCACAAAUAGGCCUUUUGGAGUGUGAGUUUGAGGUGAAGAUACAAGACCAGAGAAUUAUUUUCUGGUCUUAACUAAUCCUUGACUUAUGAAAGGAGUGGUUGGAUGUGCCAGGUUUGGUAAAGUGGUGACCGCAUCUGAGAAAGAGGCUGUGAGGCUGAACUCCUGGUGGCUUCCUUCUGUAACUUCCAGAGGGAGUCUUUAACACAAGCCCCGUGCUCAUAGGAAUAUGGUGGCACCUACGUAGGAAGUGUGUGCAGUUUUCUGUCUUCUUUCUGUGUGAUUUUUGGCCUCUUUCUCAGCACUUCUCCCCUCCCAGGAGCCUCGGGAUGCCAAACAUCCAGAAUGUGAUGGGGCAAGAGGGGGGCAGGGGCCUCACCUCCCUGCAGAGGUCCAGCCGGGUCUCCUUGUCCCUGGACAAUCUCCUGAGCCUGUCCGCUUGGUGAAGCAGGCACCUGUGUGCAGAAUUCCCACUGUGGCCAGCACAAGGAAGUCUUUUCUAGUGAAAAUGUGUCCUGUGGUCAGGAAUAAUUAUCCUUUCCCCUGCAGCCACUAAGAAGGGCAAAUAUCGAAAGGCAACUGAAUUGAAGGAUUGGUCAUGUGAAAAGGGCUACAUUUGGGAAGCUGGGAAAGGCCUCCAGGCUUCUAGAGCUUCCAGAGCAGCUAGCUUGGGGUGGAUUCUCAUACCCAGGCUGCCCCUUGGAUUGUUCUACCCAAGCUUUUCCCUGGGGUCUGGGCUCACUCCAUAAGGUAAGGUGCCUUUCACCUUAUGGUGCUUCUUUAGCAGGGAACAAAGGAGCAUCAUGGACAGACUGCCCUAGAGGCAUCACAUUGGCUCCUGGGGCCGUGAAUAUCUUGUCCCCUAGCAGGGCUGAGUGUUUCUGUCACAGAAAACAGUGCGUUCAGUGGUGAAAAUCAUUGCAUGCAUGUUUUCAUCUGAGCAUGUCCUUCUCCCAUACUCCCUAUCACCCAGCCCUGCCUGUAGUUGCUGGAUGGUGAUUGCCCUUGGACAUCAGUCCAAUGACUGCAAGUUGGCCUGGAUUUCCACUUGCAGAGGCAACAGCUGCAUUGUCAGGCCUCCCAGCCCUGCAAAGAGCUCCCUCCACUGGUUAGCAGUGUGUCAUGUUUUCCAUUCAUUUCAGAAGAGCUACAUUGUGUCACUGGACAUUUUUAAAAACUGUGAUUUUUAAUAAAAACCUAAAUUUAG